AUGAAUAUUAUUUAAUCAACUGUUGAUGAAUUCAUUAAAAAUGAAAUUAUCGAAUUUUAUUACAACAGCAAAUCACAAUUCCAUAAGACCACUUUAGAAUACUUAAGAAACAGAUUGAGCAGGUAUGGGAAAGGAGUCUUGAUUUAUAUAAGCGAUUGUCCGAUUACUCAAUCGACCAGUUCUGAUUAAAUGGUGUUGUACUUUCAAUCCAAAUCAGAAUAUGUGUUUAUUUGUAUAAUAAGGCAUCUCUUUAAGGAACCACCCAAACAUGGUCAAAAUAUCUAAUGUUCUUUAAGGGGACAGGAAUAUAAAUUGAAUUAUCAUUACUAUUGA